UUUCCCGGGAAAAUACUCCACGUGUCAUGUGUCAAGUUACUCCAUGCAUGAUUAAAUAUUUCCGUUCUUAAUCGAUCGUUUAUACUCAAAUUUUAGUUCUACUAAAAAUAUUAAAGUCUGUCUAGCGGGAACUAAAGAAGUGACAAAUUUAAAAAUUCACCGUUGAGCUCGUUAAUUUAAUUAUGCUAAAAUACUCAACUUUAUGACAAUGAUUGCGGUUAUAUUAGUUUUUAUUGCGUGUUGUAGUAAUGUCAUUUUCUUGGAACAUAUCAUCAAGGAGGUGCCACAGAGUGGUAAUCUGAUCACUUUAUCCCAGUUUUUAUUUAUUGCUGUUGAAGGAUUAAUAUUUACCAUAAAAUUUGGCUCUGAGAAACCAGUCAUUCCAAUUAAGAAUUAUAUAACUUUGGUGACAAUGUUUUUAGUUGUGAGUGUCAGUGGAAACUAUGCUCAUUCCUUUAACAUUCCAAUGCCUUUACAAAUGAUUUUUCGAUCUGGUUCAUUAAUAGCAAAUAUGCUGAUGGGUUUUUUGAUUUUAAACAAAAGGUAUGAGAUGAGCAAGUAUAUUUCCGUCAUCAUUAUUACAACUGGAAUUUCACUCUUCACUAUAGCAUCUAGUAGAAAUGUUAGUAUUAAAUGGAUUAAUAAAAUUUUUAGAAUAAUUCACAUUAAAAAAAAUAAAGAUUUAAAUUCAAAUUUUUCCAUUGAAUAUUACUUGUUUAUAUACAGGGUGCAGCAGAUUAACCUGAUGGUUUUUAAAUUCGAAUAACAUGCAAGUUAUGCAAUUAUGCUAAAUUAAUUUAACAUCAACUCACAUUUAACCUCAAAGCAUUCAACAUAGGAUUUAUAAAUAAUCAUGUUUUGAAUAUUGUGGCCAUCUGUUGUCUACACAUUCUUACAAUCAUUUCCCUAAAACUGUGCAUGACUUUUUUGUAACAUUUCAGAGGAAUUGCUGUUGCUUCAUCUCUGAUGUUUCAUUUCAACUCUGCCACAACAUUGUCUUGUCCUGUUGAAACUACAGAUUCUAGUAUUCAACAUCACACUGACAAAAGUUCAGUUCAACUAAGUUGUGAAGCCUUUGAAUGUAGCAAGCUGAAUUUAUUGUCACAGCCCCUCUUUCUUUUUGAAGAAAUACAGACCAAACAUUCUAAGUUGCUACAUCACAACAAUUAAUGUUUUUGACACUGUAUAAAGGUUGCUACCAUAACUCAUGAGGGUUCUUAUAAAACAAAAUGUAUUUUUUAUUAUUUUAUGCUAAUUUCAAUUGUUAUUAAAUGGCUUUGAGUUAAAAAAUAUAUAUACUCAACCCUGCUAUGGUUUCAGUUACAGCUGUAUUUAAAAACCAGGUUAAUCUGCUACAAUUCUGUAAUAUAUAUAGUAGAGCAUCGAUUAUCCGAAUCAAUUGGGGACUCGGGUUGUUCAGAAAAUCGAUUUUUUCGGAUAACCGAUUAUGUACGAAAAAAUAUAUUAACCUAUCCCAUGUUGAAAUUUGUUCAAAUCAUGGCACGUCCUUAGUUUCAUGGACGUGACAUUGCUGCCAGCUAAAACUCACACACCAACAAAAAUAAUAUUGGAGUAGCCCAAGACAUAGCUAAAGAUUGCAGUGCCACAGCACUAGCGGAAAUUUAAAUUUGCUGACUGGAAAGCUUUCUUUUGAUUGACAUUUAGAUAAUCGAUGCUCUACUGUUGUUUUAUUUUCAUACAUCAAAUGAAGUUUUUCAGAGCAUUUGACUCUGACUUGUAAUUAUUCUAAGAAAAAUACAUUAUCUUUUGGCAUUACAGAAUUUAAUAAAUUAAUGAUAAUAUAAGUACUUUUGAUAACAUAUUGUUAUUUUCAUCAGGCUUACAAAGAUUUUAAAUUUAGAACACAUUUUUAAAUACAUUUGAAUUUUAUGAUUUUAAUGGUAAUCUAAUCUUUAAUA